AUGCAUGAACCGGUAGAUGUGUGGUCGGACGAAGUAAACGACUGCAGAGAAUCGCUUUAUUUCAUUUUGGCCGUUGCCGGUUCCAUCGUGGUGCUCAUUCUUUACCUCAUUUUGUGCUGUAAAUGCUGCAGAAAGCGGAAAGAAAAGCCGAGCGAUGUCGAAAAAUCCCCCCAAAAUGUGGAAAUCCCAAAAGUGGAACCCCCGGAGAAACCCAAAGGCGAAGAUUCCUCCGCCAAAUCUUCGCCUUCGAAUUCUCCCGCGGAAUCGGGAGGUGAAACGCCUCCACCUGUACCGAAACGCCCCACAGUUUCCCGCGGUCUCCCGCCCGCCUUGCCCUCGGCGCCAAAACCGCGGUUAUCGCCUACCACCCCGCAGAGUGACACUUCCCCGCGGGUAGAACCGGAAUCCAAUCCCCCGGCCCCCAGUUUCCCCUAUAUCUCUCUUUUAUCGCGGGAAACGGAGGACCACGAAGAACCCGCCAAUCCAGAACCGCGGGAACCACAGGAACCACAGGAACCACAGGAACCGCGGGAACCGCAAGAGCCUCAAUCCGUCCCAGAACCGCGGGAAACUUCGGCAGUUUUUCCGUUCCCGCCCGUUUCACCGCCCAAUCAAAGCGACCCCGUUUCUGAAACUCCUCAGAUGCCGCCAAUUUUGCCGCCAGAAAAGCCUACGAGAUUGCCGCCAAAAUUGCCGCCAAGACCGAAGAACCGCACCUCGACUUCGGGUUCGAUAACCGCGGGAAUGCAUUCCUCCACCAGUGGAAACAGUGGAAACAGUGGAAACCUCACGAAUGAAAUCAACGAGGCGAUCUAUCCGAAGCCCAGUCGGCACGUGGAGGCUCCCGCGCGGCACGUGGAUUUCCCUCCCAGUCACGUGCCCGCGGCCAAUGAAAUGAUGGCGAGUCCCGCGGAAAAACACACAGCGCCGUGGAACGAAUCGAGCGUUUUCUUGAAUCCCGCGGAUGUGACAAUCGCGGGAAAUCGAUGCACACUGCGGAAUAUGGCGUACGAGAUGGACGUUGUGGAGAUGAGCCAGGUUCCGCGGUUAUCGGAGGCGCAGUUGUCGCGGGAAAAGGAGUUUUGGAGUCAGUUGUACCAUCCCGGAAUCGUUCGAGUGCCAAAAAUCGGGGGGAUUUCACGUGUAGUUUAUCGGGUUUGUGAAAACCGCGGGAGAGAGCAGCAUCGUGCGUGA